CCCUGAGCGGCUCCAAUGGUUGAUUUCUUUGACGAUACGGGCUCAAACCCACGUGUGUUCGAGAGAGCGCGAGUUGCCCAGAUAGGUGGAGGAAAUGAUGUGAACCUCGAGAAACCAAAGAACGCUCUUUUGGAAACGGCGAUCCAACGUAAGCAAAGGUACGAGAGCAAGUCCCAGGACCCACAACAAGCAGAAGGAAGAAAGGCGAGGACGAUGAAGGACUGGCAGAGGUCGCCAGAGCCGCCAGGCAUGAUGGGUCCUGGACCAAGCACGAGUGUGCACGAUGCUCUGCCUGCAGCCUCGUCUGCCCAUCCCGACCCGUCCUCCUCCUCCUCCUCCUCCUCGUCUGGCCCCUUGCUCUCCUCCUCUGCAACGGCGGGGCCCUCACGGACACAGCCGCGAAAAGUGGACCUGACGCUGUCGGAAAUGUGCAAGCGGACAAUCAUCCGACGGCUCAACGACUACGAGUCGUUUGGCAACUUGCCCUUUCGCGUCCUCCGGCCGAUCCUCGAACGGGCUACUCCGCGGCAGCUCUUCAGCCUCGAGCAGGAGUCUCCGCAUCUGAUCGAGGAGGCAGACUACAUCUGGAAGAAGAUCUGCCUCGCGGAGUUCCCAGAGGUCCGACGGUCGCUGCUCCAUCAAGAGGGCGGCAGUGGCGCAGACGAGCCCCCGACGACGACGACGGAGCCAACGGCAGAAAAAGGAGACACGGGGAGGAAACGCAAGUGGCGCGAUGUGUACGUCGACACACUGGGGAAAAAGGAAGAGGUCAAGCGGCAGGCGGCAAAGCGGCUCAAGGAGAGGUACGGGCAGCAGCGCGAGGACAAGGAGAGGAGCAAGGUGCAGGUCGUCAGCACGCCGCGGCUGAGCGCUGGCAGGGGCACGAGGAAGCGAGGCGGAGGCACGAGUGGGGGGACUGGGGCGACGACGACAGGGCAGAAGCUGCUGAACAAGGCGAGGGCACAGGGGCAAGCGAGGUCAAAACUCACGCUGUCGUCGGGGCCCUCUUCGUCAUCAUCUUCAUCGUCGUCGGCCUCGCUGCCGAAGAGGCGAUUCUGAGUCUGCCAUCAGCGAGCGAGCUUCAGGGGUGGACCGUCGUUGUUGAUGCUGCUGUAUCUAUUCGUUGCCACUACUACUGCCCCUUUUUCCUGCUCAAUGUAUUCUUGUCGGAAGGUGUCUUUCUGGGCUACCACUACCGUCAGUGCUGUGUGACGGAUUAAAGCUCUUCCGUCUUCCUGCGCCAUCUU